UCUCUUCCACAUCUUCAUCAUCAUUCCAAUCCAAUUCUCUCUCUUUUCUUACUUGUGUGAUCAGAGAUCGACUCAAUGGUGAGCUUCUGCGAGCUUUGUGGUGCCGAAGCUGAUAUCCACUGCGCCGCGGACUCAGCUUUCCUCUGCCGUUCUUGUGACGCUAAGUUCCAUGGCUCAAAUUUCCUCUUCGCUCGUCAUUUCCGUCGCGUCAUCUGCCCUAAUUGCAAAUCUCUCACUCAAGAUUUCGUUUCUGGUCCUCUUCUUCCUUGGCCUCCACGAACAACCUGCUGUUCUAGAUCGUCUUCGUCUUCGUCAUGUUGCUCGUCUCUUGACUGUGUCUCAAGCUCCGAGCUAUCUUCGACGACGGGUGGCGUAAACAGAGCGCGAGGAAGGAAAGAAAGAGUAAAAAAGGCCAAGGCCGUUGCGGUUACGGUUGCGGAUGGCGUUUUUGUAAGUUGGUGUGGUAAAUUAGGACUAAAGCGAGAUUUAACAAACGCUGUCGUUUCGUAUGCGUCACUCGCUUUGUCUGUGGCGGAGAGGAAGCCGAGAGCGACGAAGAGAGUGAUUUUAGCGGCGGCGUUUUGGUUCGGCGUUAAGAACACGAUGAAGUUGCAGAGUUUAAAGAAGGUGGAAGCUGUAACCGGAGUUUCAGCUGGGAUGAUUCGAGCGGUUGAAAGCAAAAUGGCGCGUGCAAUGACGCUACAGCUUAGACGGUGGCGCGUGGAUUCGGAGGAAGGAUGGGCUGAAAACGACAACGUUUGAACAAAAUUGACGUGGGUCCCGCAUUACAAAUUAGGACAUUAGUGCCUUAAUUAAAGGAGUUUGUGUCA